AUGCUCGGAACUUCGACUCAGUCCUUUUCGAACGAAAGUAGCUUCUCGGCUUGGGCCACCACCCCUCCCCUCUCCGCUACUAAUAGCCUCUCUAUCACAGCCUUUGCUCGCUUUGAAUUUGAGGCUGGCAAAGGCAAUGACGGGACAAAGAUAUUGAUGGUAGAAUGGGAGGAUGAUGAUUUUAGCCCAUCGCCACAAGGUUCAUGGCAUGUCUCAUGGGAAGGCAAAAUAUCUGUUCUMCCUGCCGAUGAACAGACGAACGAGAGAACGCGACGCUUCUACUUUUUAUUGCCACCGGGUGUUACUGUCCCUCCUGUCGUGAAUCUUAGUUACGUGCCACAACCGAAUUCAGCGUCGACAGUUAAACAACCGGAUUCAGUCAAUAUAAAUCCGUUACCCGCGAUAUUCCCACCUGAGUUAGGCGCUACCGCACGCACAGCAGGAAAGAAGGGUGUCUUACAUACGAAAUGGGCAAAGAAAAGAUUGCAAGCACUCGAUAAGGAGAUCAGAGAGGAAUCCCUGAUCAAUGUUGAGGGAGUCGCGUUGCAGAUGGCAAUACAAGAGAAGGAAUGGAUAGAGGCAAACUUUGGUGUGUUAGGGCCGCUAUCUGCGAUUGAUGUCUCUUCAACAGCCUCACCUGGCCCGUCUUCCGCAUCUCUACCACCAUUGACGCCACUUACUCCAACCGCGGGUAGUAGACUCGGUGAGAAACUUAGAGGAUUGAAAUUGGACACUAGCGACAAGGAAGCUGGAAAGAGAACAGAAGACGAUGAAGCUCCUCAACGAGAUGGACAGGCCCAUCCCUUGUCUCCCCAAUCCCCUGAUAUAGCCGUGUCUUCAUUCAGUUCUUUUCACGGCGCUGCCUUGGACAACGCCACAGAUGCCAGACGUAUAGUGGCUUACCAUCCUCCGUCAUAUAUUCAGCAGGCACAAAACAACAGCAGCGAGAUUAGCGAUAUCGGCCUCAUGGAUCCCUUAACUCGCUCUGCAACUUCAGACUCGGCCGACGACUUAUUCGCAAAAGCUUUGAGUCCGCGUACACCGGAUCUGCCACGUAGUCCUUUUUCCUUCUCACCAACUGAGGUUACUGCUGGCGAAUAA